AUGCCGCAAGCAGAAACCAUCAUCCCAUCCGCCUACCGCCUCUGGUUCAGCACCCUAGAACCCCUGAUGGGCAUCUCAGGCUUCUACUUCAACCACAUCAACCCAACCUACCUCCUGCGCACACUCAACCCUUCCUACAACGUCCUCCUACCCAUGGCACCAGAAACGCGCCUCCUUCUCGACACCACAACCGGCCUCUACGCCCAGAACCUCUUCCUGCAACUCAUCCUCCGCGCGCCCGACCCAAUGAUGUGGGUCUCUGGAAGAUCUGGCAGGGGAGUGUGUUGGUCGUGGACACCAUCCUGA